AUGGCUCGAUCUCACGCACAGCAAGUCGCCUUGGCACUGGGCCCCAAGUUCUCUGCGAGCUUAUCAAUUCUGGGCUCCAGUUGGAUCAUACUGGAAGUUCUCCGAGAUCGCAAGAAGCUGGGUCUGGUGUACCAUCGUCUCCUGUUAGGUAUAAGUUGCCUUGACGUCCUCAUCUCUAGUGCAUGGUUUCUCAGCACAUGGCCGGUUCCUUCUUCUGUCGAGGGGCUCUACGGCAAUGUUGGCAACGAGGCUUCCUGUAUCGCCCAAGGGUUCUUUAUCCAGCUCAAGGCGGGCAAUACCUUCUAUAAUGCAUGGUUGGCGCUCUACUUUGUCCUGGUUGUCAGAUUCGGCUGGACGGAGCGUCGACUACAGCAAAUUGAACCUUGGUUGCAUGCAGUAGCCAUUUCCAUGGCCGUCGGAACAUCUACCGCCAGUGCGGCAUUGGGUCUCUUUGGCAACGCCAACUUGUGGUGCUGGAUUGAAGGGGCUUAUCCUCUCCACCGCUUGCUCUUCUUUUAUAUCUGGUACUGGGCAUCGCUCGUGGUUGUCACCAUAUCCAUGCUCGCAGUGGUUUGGACUGUGAGAGUCAACGAACGAGCAUCACUCCGUUAUUCUGCCAACAAGCGGACACAAAACUCCAAAAAGGUUGCCACACAAGCUGUACUCUACAUUGGUGGAUACUACUUGACCGCUCUCUUCUCCACCACCGUCCGAGUUUGGCAGGCCUUUUCGACGAACAUUCCAUUUUGGGCCGUCCUUGGAAUGACAAUUUUCUAUCCGGCGCAGGGCCUCAUUAAUUUCUUCAUUUACAUUCGACCGCGCUACGUUCGAUACCGCCAGCGACAUCCCGAGUGGAGCUUGUGGUCUACUCUCCGUGUGACCUUGCUUCGGGCAAUUCGAGGUGCCGCCGUGGACUACAGCUUGAGAAGAAGUUCCACGGCUCAAACCGUCACGGAAGAUGACGACUUUAAGCUUGGCACUCCUCUGGAAGCGGAUGACAACCGCCUGCGGUUGGCCGCGGGCACCAGAAUCGAUGGCCCUGACGACCUAGAAGAGGGACAAGGCAGCUUUGACGAUGAGAACCAAAGGAGUGACGACGAGGAGGACCAAGAAGGAGACGACGAUGGCAUGGAAGUUGUUGAUGUGGUGGACGUACCUUCAUUGCCAAACCAAGGGGAAGGAAGCAGUGGGGAAAUCAGCUAA